AUGCAUCGACUAGAAGAUUCUUUGCAUCUUUUCUGCAAAUGCCCCAUUGCUUUGGAAGUUUUAUCUGACUCUUCUCUGCAGCUACAACACACACUAUUGACGGCUACAAAUUUCAAGGAUUGGUUACUAGAAUGUGUGAUGCAUCUUGGGUUGGAAGUGUUUGCAAAGUUGAUGAUGCAGCUAUGGAUGUUAUGGAAGAACAGAAACAAUUUGCUAUGGAACAACAAGUCGCAAAAUUCUCAAAGCUUGAGUCUGCAAGCUUUGACAUGGUUGGAAGAAUUUAAAAAAGCCCGAUCUACGCAUGGGGCAGGGCAGCCACCACCGAAACCAACCUGGCAGCCAGCGGAGGAUAACAAUCCACAGUUAAAUGUGGAUGGAGCUUUUGUUCCUCAACUGGCAAGGGGUGGCACUGGUGGAGUUCUUAGGGACUCACAAGGCCGGUUUAUGGCUGCAUUUGCUCAUGCAGUACCGCAUACUAGCUCAGCGAAGCAGACUGAACUAAUGGCAAUCAAACAAGGAUUGGCCUUUGUUAAGGGUUUAAACUUGCAGCAAGUCACAAUUGAAAGUGACUGUCUUGAUGCUGUGCAAUUAAUUCUUAAGAAGGAUCAUGAAUUGGAUGAGUUGGGUGCUCUUGUGGAUGACAUUCUGCACCAACUAUUAAGCUUACCACAGGUUCGAAUUCAGCAUGCCAAGCGAACCUGCAAUGCUAUAGCGCACAAGCUUGCUGCCUAUGCUUUUGAUUCUGUUCUGUCUAAUAUGGUCUGGACUAACCGACUCCCUGAAUGUAUCUCUGAUGUAUUACAAUAUGACUCUGCUCAUAUUGCUUAA